AUGGGUCCAAAACAAGAUUCAGAAAGAGGUGGUCGUGGUGGUGGCCGUGGCGGUGGUUAUGCCGGUGAAAGAGGAAGAGGUCGUGGUGGUGCUGGUGCUGGUGGCAGAGGUGAUGGUGAAUAUCAAGGUGGUGGUAGAGGAAGAGGUCGUGGUGCUGGUAGUGGUGGCAAUAAUGAACAACAACAAUAUUCACCACAACAUCAACAACAACAACAACAACAAUACUCACCACAACAACAACAACAACAACAAUCACCACAACAUCAAGAUUUCCCACCAAUGGGAAGUGGCGGUCGUGGUGGUCGUGGUAGAGGCCGUGGUAGUGGCCCAAGACCAGUUGAACAAGUUAACGAGCCAGUUCCAAUGCAAGUUACACCAGUUCCACAACAACAACAGCAACCACUACAACAACAACAACCAACACCAAUGACAACAAUCUCAACCCAACCACCUGCUCAAGGCUCAAUUUCAAGAAGAGAAUUAGUAAAGGAUGAUGACAUUGAAAAUGUUGCUUCAGUUCCAGUUGCUAAAAAAACAAUCCAAAGUAGACAAACCUCUAUAAUAACCAAUUUUUUCCCAAUCAUCUUUAAAGGUUCAUCUAAAAUCUUCCUUUAUCGUUUAGAUUUCGAACCAGAACAAAUCUCAAGAGAUUCUAGAACCAAACUCGUCAGAGAGUGUCCAGGCUUCAGCGAUCUUGUUUGCAGAUACGAUGGUGCUUCUUUAUUAUAUACCUCGAAUAUCAUCAAAUCCAACUCGUUCAUUGUCAAUGGUGUUAAUAUUUUAAUUAAAUACACAUCUGAAUUUGACCAUACUAGCAAGGUUGCCACUCAAUUCUUCAAUAUUUUUACUAAAAUUCUUUUUAGACAAAUGAAUUUUUCUUUAAUGGGAAGAAAUUAUUAUACCCCAUUAAAUAAAAAAACUAUUGAAAAAUAUCAAUUAGAAAUCUGGAAAGGUUAUUCCUCAGCUAUCUCUCACACUGAAGCUGGUGUAAUGUUAAGAGUCGACACUUCAUCAAAAGUCGUUAGAAAGAAGACUGCCUUAGAAACCAUCAAGGGAAUGAACUACAGAAAAUCCCAAUGUGAAGCUGAAUUAACCUCUUCUAUCGUCGUUACUCUCUACAAUAACAAAACCUACAGAAUCUCAGGUAUUGAUUGGAAUGCUAAAGUCACCGAUAAAAUGGAAGGUAACACCACAUUCCUUCAAUAUUACCAAAAAAAUUAUCCAAAGUCUGUUAUUACCGAUUUUAACCAACCAUUACUCAAGUCAGAAGUCAAGAUGAGAGGCCAAAAACAACAAAUCUAUUUGGUCCCAGAACUUGCCCAUUUAACUGGUAUCUCUGACGAAAUGAGAAAAGAUUUCCAUAUUAUGAAGGAUAUUGCAGAAGAGUCAAACAUGGAUCCACCAAUGAGACAUUCAAUCCUUGACAGUUUUGUUAAAUCUCUCAAUACCAAUCCAAAGAAUGAAAAACAAAUAAAGGAUUGGAGCGUUGCUUACCAACCAUCUCUCACUGUCAACGGUGUAAUUUUAGAUCCACCAAAAUCUAUUCCAAACAAUACUUCAGUCAAGGGUUUGAAGUGGUGUUUCAUCAUCGAUAAAAGAGAUUUCGAACGUAAUGGCCAAAAUUUACAUACCUUUAUCCAACUCAGCGGCUUCCCAAAUCCAACCGUUGUCCACCCAGAUAUGCCACGUAAUUUCCGUGAUGUUCGUUCAAAUCUUUAUACCGAUAUCAUGGAGAAAUAUGUCGAGCAAGGUUAUAGAUUCUUUUUAAUUAUCAUUCCUCAAAAUAACCCUGAAGUAUACAAAGGUAUCAAAGUUAAAAGCUUUACAGAAUACAAAGUUUUAACACAAUGUAUCUUUUUAAGAACCUUUGAAAAAGGUCGUCCAGUUGCUCUUAAAUUAAAAAACCAAGUUUUCGCCAAACUUGGUAUUGCUCCAUGGACUAUCAAUAACGUAUUUAAAGGUGUUCCAAAAAAAACUAUGAUUGUUGGUAUUGAUGUAGGUCACAACUCUGAUAUUCGUGGUCGUUCUGUUGUUGGUUUUGUAUCAACUCUUGAUGAUUCUUUCACCAAAUAUCACUCACGUUGCUACUUGCAAGAAAGACCAGGCAAAGAGAUUAUAGAAACUCUUUGUAAUGCCACCAAGGAAGCUUUAGCUGCCUACUUCAGAUUAAAUAAUACUUUACCAGAAUUAGUCAUUGUUUAUCGUGAUGGUGUCGGUGAUGGCAUGUUAGAUUUGGUCAACAAGUUUGAAAUUUCUGAAAUGCACAAGGCUUUCAGCGAAACUCCAUCAUCAUGGGGUGCCAAACCAAAACUUAUGUUUACCGUAGUCAAGAAGAACACAAAUGCUCGUUUCUUUACCAAUGAUGCCAGAAAAGGUAAUCCAGAGCCAGGUACCCUCAUUGAUAGUCAAAUUACCAAGCCAAACUGGUAUGACUUUUAUCUUGUCUCACAAGUUGCAUUCAAGGGCUCAGUUAAUCCAACCCAUUACCAUGUCCUUUGUGAUGAAUAUGGAAUCCCAUCAGAUUGUUUCCAUUUCUUCACAUUCCAAAUGUGCCAUCUCUAUUACAAUUUCGAAAAAUCCGUUAGAGUACCAGCUCCAUGUCAAUAUGCUCAUCGUUUAGCAUUCUUAAUUGGUCGUACUGUCAAUAGAAAUGUAGCCCCAGAGUUAUCCCAAUAUUUAUAUUUCUUAUAA